AACUGUCUGGAUGGAAGAGCAUCGACUUAUUUAAAAAGAAAAUGUUAAAUUUGGCAUCGGAGAUGAGAUGUGGUUUGGUGGUUUGUCCUCCGUUCAAAACUUCAAAGCAUCACAUUUUGGUGCAAGAAAGUAACUCAUUGCCGAUUGAUUUAAAAGUCAACUCUGACAUCUUUAGAAUUUUAGAGCCAGCUUGAAACAUCAUUAUUUCAACAAAACGAAGCUUAAUUAGCGCCUCUGAAGAUAGCUCAAUAGAGGCGCUUUACGAAUCUGCAAUGCAAUACAAUGCAAUGCGAUCAUGUAAUUUGUGAAGAAUGACAAAAACUGUAUUUUGACAAAAUAUGUUUUAUACUUUGUUUCGCUAUUAUUUAAUAAAUUUAAAAUAAGUAUCACAGUUUGCAACUGCCUUAGAUUUGAGAUUUGAUAACUUUUAAAUACAUUGUAAUUUUUAAGUGGUACUUUGAACCCUGUAUCUAACAGUCUAACUCAGUAACUGUAUGUUUUGAAAUGAAAGCUUAAAAUAAAAUGUCAUUUUCAUUCAUGUUUUAAUUUGUUAGCUAGUCAUUUUUAUUUCAUUAUUUGAUUUAGUUUUAAUCAGUUCUGUUAUUUACUUAUUUUUUUCAUUAUCAGAAGAAGAAAAUAGAUUUUUUGACAAAUUAAAAAAUCUAUUCUAAAGUCAACCAAAAAAAUGAAUGGUGAUAAUUAUCCCAAGUUUAGACUGGAUGCAUCAAGGUUUGAUCAAUCUAACUUCAAAGGCCGCUUAUUGCAUUUUCUUAAUGUGACUGACCCACGUACACUGUUCGUAUCGAAGAAAAGACUACAAGAAAGCAUUGACCUAUUGGAAUUAUACAAAGGUGGCAAGUUACCAAAAGGAACAACAGAUAAAGAUUUAUGGGAAGCCCAGAAAAUUAAACAAGCUAUAAUUCACCCUGAUACAAACCAAAUUAUCCCAAUGCCAUUCAGGAUGUCAGGUUUUGUUCCAUUUGGUUCACCAAUUGUUGUUGGUCUGUUGCUGCCUAAUCCAACUUUGAAACAAACUGUUUUCUGGCAAUGGUUGAAUCAGAGUCACAAUGCAUGCGUUAAUUACUCCAACAGAAAUGCCACAAAGCAAAGCACCGUCUCUAAAUUCAUCAUUGGUUACGUUGGAGCUGUGACAAGUGCUGUUUCAAUUGCUGUAGGCUUAAGUUUAAUGAUAAAGAAGACAUCAGGUCUUACGCCUUCUAUGAAGCUCAUUGUUCAAAAGUUUGUUCCCUUCCCGGCUGUUGCAACUGCCAGCACAUGCAACGUUGUGCUGAUGCGGAACAACGAACUUCACGAUGGCAUUGAGGUUUUUGAUUCCCAAAACAAAGUUAUUGGCACCUCGAAAGUUGCUGCUAGGCAGGCGUUAAUCGACACUGCCAUCACUAGAAUGUUUCUUCCUGCUCCCCUUUUGCUCAUUCCAGCUUUGGUUAUGACCUUUGCUGAAAAGACCCAGCUAUUAAUUCGAAGACCUCGUCUCCAUCUUCCUAUCAAUGCCUCAGUCACCACCUUAUCAUUUGCCUUGGCGCUGCCCAUUGCCAUCGCUCUUUUUCCGCAAAUUUCUUCGAUUUCAAAAAGUCAACUGGAAGAUGAAAUACAAAAUUCAAGUAAUGAAGAAAUUUUGUUCUACAACAAGGGUCUCUAAAAGGUUUAGGCGCACAGCGUAAUUCUUUCUUUUGGAACCUCUUGUCAAUACCCGCGCUGAGCUGUGAUGCUUUUUUUUCUUCUUUUAUUACUAUUUUGAAUAGAAUGAUGAAUUGUGCAUGUCAUAAAAAAGGAUCGUGUCGUAACAAUUU